ACGGAUUUAGUGGUGUCCGUCUAGCGACGAAACGAAGCUUCCUCCACGUAUCUCAAACGCCAACGGAAGAACUCACGCAGCAGCUGCUUCUGCAGCAGAAGAUGCAAAUGACCAAAACGCCCCUCUUCUCUCUCGUUUCUAGGAUUAGCUGGAGCUGAGGAUCGAAAGCUAGGGUUUGUUUUUUUCCUUUCUCUGUACGGAUAAUGCAGGAUUCUGGGGUGGAAGAUCAGGAGAGGGUAGAUCAGAGGAAGAAUUCUUCUAUGGAGGACUCAACAAUGACUAUUGAGUUCCUUCGUGCUCGAUUACUUUCUGAAAGAUCUGUUUCAAGAACCGCAAGGCAGAGAGCUGAUCAAUUGGCUAAAAAGGUAGUAGAACUGGAGGAGCAGAUAAAAAUCGUGAGUAUUCAGAGAAAGAAAGCUGAAAAAGCAUUAGCAGAGGUUCUUGCGGUCUUGGAUAGCCAUGGGAUUAGUGAACUUUCUGAGGGUUUCGAUUCUAACUCAGAUCAGGAAGGGGACCUGUGUGAAUCAAAAGAGAGCAACAGUUCUGUAAAAGAAGAGGAACUGUCCAUGACCUCGAAAUCGGGCUCAGAGCUCGAAGUUUCUUCCAAUCAGGGCGGAAGCUUAUCUUGGAAAAGCGGCAGCAAUACUCCAAAUCCCCUUGAGAAGAAGAAAUUCGGUCUCGUGAGGCGGAGGAACAACAGUGUCGUGUCUACUGGCGGAUCUUCUUCAAAUCAUAGAUCGGGCAAGUCAUGUCGCCGUAUAAAACGAAAGGAAACAAGAUUGACAGGCGAGGAUGGAAAAGAUGCUACCCUCCUAAUUGAUGCUCAAGAUAAUGGAGUGGCUACUGGGCCAGAAUAUCUUUCUAAUCAUUCUGAAGACAGACCUGAGAUUGCAAAUGGAGGUUUCACAAACGAGGAAGAUAAGGUGUUGUCGGAGACUCGGGUCUCAAGCUCGCUAGACGAUCAAAGAAAAGAAAAUGGUGCUGGUCUUCACAGUAAUGGAAGUGAUAGAGAUGCAGAGAUGGAGAGAGCACUAGAACAGCAGGCUCAGCUCAUUGGUCGUUUUGAAGCACAGGAAAAUGCUCAGAGAGAAUGGGAAGAGAAGUUUCGAGAGAAUAAUGGUCAUACUUUGGAUUGCGAACCUGGUAACCUGUCAGACAUGAUCGAAGAAAGAAAUGAGCCCAAGACGGAAGCUGCAGAACCAGUUGACACAACUCCCUCUUCUAAUGCUGCAGAACUGGGCCUCCCAAUCCCUUCUAACGAACAAGGACCCAAGCAGAAUGCAGAUGAAAUUCGCGGCAGUGAAGAGCCAACAACCAGAACUCUUUACAAUGCCUUUGUGCCAACAGACCCAACCACCCACGUUCGAGCCAGUUCACGUGUGGACGAAUUCCUGCCAGGCCAGCAGCAUGGUAGAAUGCAGAUCAAUGGAUAUGGAAGUGGCUUUCAGGACCCCACGUUUACAAAACAAGAACAAGCAGGAGCUAUGAUGAAAGGGAACCAGAAUCUGGAGUGGUCAAGAAACAACCCUGAAGUUAGUUUGCCUAGUGAUUUGAAAUUCCGUUCACUCUCUUAUGGAUCUUCCCAGAGCCAACCAGCUUGGAUGUCUUCAUCCUUUCAAGGAGACGGGAGUUUCUCCAAAGGAGAUUGGUCGUGUAGCCAAAAUCAACUCGUUGAGGUGCCGCACCUAACAUCUAGCAGCCCGGGGGGUGUUGUAAAUGCCUUCCACAGGGAUGAGAAUUUCUCCAGAGGAGAGGUGUUGGGGAGCCAAAAUCAGCUUGUUGGAGUGGCCCAUCAAACAUCCAACAGCUGGGGGGGCGUGCUGGAGGCUCUUCAGCUUGCCAAGCUAUCACUACAAAAUGAACUUGAGCGAGUGCCGUCACCAAUCCAAGGCAUGAAGACAACAGUACCAGACACUCGGAUCCAGGCUAUUAAAGCCAUUGAUGCUGUGGACAUUCCCAUUGGCUCUUCUGGGCUGUUCAGACUACCGAUCGAAUCGGUAUCCAAUGCCUCCUAUCAAGCAGAUUUCUCAAGGACCUAUCCUGAUUAUGGAUCAAGUUCUACGAAGCAUGGUUCUGAUUCUGGAUUCGGCAUUGCUUCUGCCGAUCGCUACCCCACCAAUCUUUACAUGGAAUCUGGGUCUAGAAUCUCUUCCGGUGAACCAUACUACGAUCCUUACCUGGAUUCAGUGAUGGGGACACCAGCAGCUAGUAGAAGCCCCUAUCCAUAUAAGGACUUAAUGGCAAGAUUGCCAUCUGGUGAUGGUUUUCCUGGGCCUUAUUCACAUACAAGAACUGGGAUUCCGUUCAGAAGUCAAUACUCCCUCAAUGAUGACCAGUUCAGAUCAAAUAUGCAUCGACCAUAGCCGUUGCUGGUUGGCAGCCAGAUGAAUUUUCUUUUAUGUCGUUUGCAAGAGGAAUUAUAUGAUUCUGGGCCUGAGUAAAGGUAUAGUAUUUCCCAAUUGUCAGGCUGUAGGAACUCUAGCCCCGCCACUGCAUCAACAGCCUGUAUCGCUGAAUCAUGUGCCCCACUCCUAAGAAAUCUAGGCUGAAGACAGGGAUCAUGCAAUUCCUUGGUAUGUAAGUGGGUUGUGUUAUAACACUAGCCAUUUUUCUGUAUUGUAUUCAGUGGUUUGCUCAUUGCGUAUAUAUAAUGUUGUAGAUUCAAUUAUCUUGAUGUUAUCGGAAUAUGUGAUGCACAUCGCAUCUGGACUGUCUAUCUGGCCAGUCGUCAACCCCUUUUUUAUCUUACAACUUUUGCUCACUGA